UAGCUCCAUUGGCUUCAAUUGACACUCCAAUCCGCUUACGCCAUGAUGCAGCUCAUCUCCUCGGUCCUCGCAGCCACGGCCGUCUUCGCUAGCGGAGUGUCUGCUGCGAACUUCACCGGCGACGUCUUGAAUGGCGUUCCUGUCAUCCAUGAUCUCAAUCUCGCUGAUGUCCCCGCGCAGAAAAUUUCCAGGUACUAUUUGCGGGCUGGAGAGCUCAAUGGCGGACACCCGGUUCAUAUUCCCAUUAUGGUGGCGCGAGGAACACCGGAAAGUUUGAAGACUGGCAAGAAACUGUCGCUUUCUGCAGCUAUUCACGGCGAUGAGCUGAACGGUGUGCGCGUUGUGCAGCGCAUCUUUGAGCAAUUGGAGAGUCAAGUUGCGACCCUCAAUGGCACAGUGAUUGGUAUACCUACCGUCAACCCGAUGGGAAUAUAUCUGAAUCAGCGAAACUACUUUACUGCUAGCGCAAGUGGCUUCUUCACCAACGUGAAUCGCGUUUUCCCCGGAACCGCGGCUACGGAUGGAGGCAGCGGCCCCCAAUUAUUGGCUUACAACAUCUGGAACUAUGUUUGGGGCAAUACAUCGCAAGUAGAUGUGGGAAUUGACCUACAUACACCAAGCUCCGGUGGCGAGACUUCGCUGUGGUGCUACGCUGACUUCCGCCUGCCCUAUGUUGAGCGCCUCGCCAAACUUCUUCAACCCGACACCCUGAAAAUCGACCCCGGCGAGCCAGGCUCUAUCGAAACUACAUUUGUUAAGUAUAAGGUCCCCUCCAUUACGGUUGAAAUGGGCCAGGCCAAAGUCUGGAACACUAGUCUUAUCGAUCGCGCAUUCGACUUCGUGAACCGUGUGUUAGUCGAUCUCAAGAUCGUCCCAUCGAACUCGACCGUUGAGCCAGAUCUGAGCAACGUUUACAUCGCAAACGCGUUCCAUGACACGACAACUCAGCACGGCGGAUUCGUUGAACAGCUGGUGGAUGUUGACGAGCCGGUGACGAAAGGUCAGCCUAUUGCGAACGUCCGGAACGCAUUUGGCGACAUUUUGGAGACAUUGGUCGCGCCAGAGAAUGGCCGUAUGUUCCAGAGUCCUCGCGAUCCUAGCAUCGAGCCUGGAGGCAGUGUUGGGCAAAUCGCGUAUAACAGCACGAAUCCAAAGUGCGCGGAUGGGUGUAUUUUAUCGGGGCCUUUGAGAAGGAGAUAGGUACGAAUAGCGAAUGAU